AUAAAUUAAUCUUCACCGUCUCUCUUAUUCUCUCUCACGGCCGUUCUCCGCUUACUCCAAUGGACGAAGACGAUGAGUUCGGAGAUCUCUAUUCCGACGUUCUCCCGCCCUUCCAACCUCCUCCUCCGCCUCCUCUCCGUUCAAUCGACCUCAACCUCCGAUUACACGAACAAGAUGCGGCGGAGCCUAAUUCACCUUCCGUCGCUAAGGUUCCCGACACCACCGCCUCCAAACCAUCCACCACUCCCUCUCACGACGCAAUUGGCGACGAUAAGGACAUGAACUUCGACAUCGAAGAACCCGAUGCCGAUUCCACACCUGCGAUUCCUGGUUUGGCUACAGAUCAAGGUACGGCACAGGUUGGCGAAGGAGGCUACAGAGGACAAGGAGAUGAUUGGGAUAGCGACAGUGAAGACGAUCUUCAGAUAGUGUUGAACGACAACGUAGCUGAUAGAAGAGCAAGGAUGGGAGACAACGAAGAUGAUGAUGAAGAGCCGCUUGUUAUAGUGACAGACGCUGAUCCGAAUCAACAUAUGGAGGAGCAGCAGCUCUGGGGAGAAGAAGCUGUAGAAGGAGAGAGCAAAGAAGGAGGAGAAGCUGUGAAGGGUAGUGCUGCUGGACCGACUAAAGCUGGGUAUAACAGCCAUGGGUAUCAUCAUCCGUUUCAUUCUCAGUUUAAGUAUAUAAGACCCGGGGCUGCCCCUGUUUCUGGAAGUGUAGCAUCUGCUGCAGGUCAAGUUCGUCCACCCGCCAACCUUGGUCCUAUGGCCGGUCGUGGCAGAGGAGAUUGGCGUCCAAUGGGAGUGAGGAAUGCUUCUGCUGCUCAGAAAGGCUAUCACCAGACUUGGGGUGGUAAUACAGCUGGGCGGGGACUGGACUUUACUCUUCCUUCUCACAAGACUAUAUUUGAGUUCGACGUAGACGCUUUUGAGGAAAAGCCCUGGAGAUAUCAAGGAGUUGAUAUCACAGACUACUUCAACUUUGGUCUGAAUGAGGAGAGCUGGAAAGACUAUUGCAAACAGCUGGAUCAACACCGUAUAGAGACUACUAUGAAAAGCAGAAUACGUGUUUAUGAAAGUGGCAGAACAGAUCAGAGUUAUGAUCCAGAUCUUCCCCCGGAGUUAGCUGCAGCAACGGGGGCGCAAGUUGUUCCUGUUGAUUCCUCAAAUCUAGUGAAGCUUGACACUGCUCAAGGUGACUCGGCUAAUAUUCGACCUCCACUGCCCCCCGGAAGACCAAUACCUGUGGAGACUGGUUCUGUUGAGCGUCCAUCAUCCAUUGAUACACGUGCUCCUCGAAUGCGUGACCUAGAAGCUAUCAUUGAGAUUGUAUGUGAGGAUUCGCAUGAGGAUGAGCCCUCGGGUGAAAAAGGCGCAGAACAAGCUGAUAGUGGCCAGACUUUUCGUUCAUCAUCUCCUGUUGGAGACAGAGGCACAAGGUCAUCAACUGUUGAUCGUGAAGAUGUGGGAGGUGAAGCUGGCAAAGAUGCUGAGAUAGAGGAGGAGCAGAAAAUGAGUUCUGCAGUCCCUCGGUCAGCGGUUGAGAAAGAUGAUGGAGGGGAAUCAAAGACAGAGAGAAGUAGUGAAAGCAGCAAAGCAAGAUCUGGAAGUCACAGAGAUCAUCAGCAACUGAAGGAUAGCGCGGAAGAGGAAGUUAUUCAAGAUAGGAACCAUUGUACUCGACCAGCUAGCAAUAAGAAACAUCACGUUAACAAUGCACAGCAUCAGAGCAGAAAGUAUCAAGACAUAGGGAAAGAAAUGGAAAGAACUCGAGCGGGGAGCAAAGGUGAAAGUGGAAAGGAUUUUGAUAAAAGGAAAGAGCGAGAUGUUGAUGGGGGAGUCUGGCGCAGGAAAGAGGAUGACACAUUCAGUAGAAGAGGUGGGGAUGAAGGGUCUAGAAAAAGGGACCGUGGAGAUGAUCAUGUUCCUUCGAGAAAUCAUGUGGAUGAUGGUGGUUUGAGAAAUAAUUAUGAACUGGAUUAUCACAUCAGCAAGAGGAGGAAGGUUGAAGAAUAUGUGAGAAGAACUCGCUCUGAGAAGAAUGAAAUCUCAUUUGGUCAAAGAGAAGAAUCAAUCAGCCGCCUGAGACGAGAACGUGGUGAUAGGUUGGACUAUCAAAAGAGAGACGUCCAACAUAAAAUCAGAGAUGAUAUAUACGACCAAGCUUCUCUAAGGCACAGAGAUGAUAUCUAUAUGCAGAGAGAUGGUAAUGAGAGGUUGAGAGAGCGUGGGGAUUUGGAUAAACUAAAACUAACUCACGAGGAUGGUUUAUCAGCACGAGGACGAGAGAGGCAGGUGGCUGCAAGGGGUCAUAGAGGUUCAGAAGACCGAUCAUCUUCAAGGAUGAAGGAUGAGUAUAAAGAGCAUCUCACCAAGGAUACAACAAGGCAGACUAAACAGACGAAGAGAAAGGAACACCCUGGUGAAGAAAGUUCUUCCUAUCACAGAGGACGCGAAGACGACAUUGUUAGCAAUGAGAAAAAACAAAGGCUGGAGAGGACAAGUGCUAAAACUGACAAGGUUGUGGACUCUUUAGAUGGCCAACGAUUGCAAGAUAGAAAACAUAAAGAUUCUAGACGAAAGAUUAAAGAACAAAGAGAAGACACAGAUUCAUCGAGGAUCAAGCAAGGAGAACAAAAUGGCAGUUCCCAAGUGACUGGCUUAAAGAGAACCAACGAAGCAAGAAACUACAGGAGUGAGAUCUCACAGCAGCACAACGCCACCAAAAGACACAAGGAAGAUACUUCCUCUGGUGAUGAGCUACAAGAUUCAAAGAGAGGACGUACGAAACUGGAGCGUUGGGGAAGCCACAAAGAGAGAGAUGAUGAUAUCACUGCCAAGGGAUAUUCAUCCACCUCAAAAAUUCAAGAGAAGGAAAAAGGCACUAAUGGCCGAGCUAGCGAACCUAAUCUUGGCUCUAUUGGCAAGAACCGGAAUGUAACUGAAGAGAAAAGUGGCCAUGACCUUGCGGAGACCAAAGAUGGAAGCGAGAAGGGAUUAGGGGACCGGCACUUGGACAUGAUUGUGAAAUUCAAGAAACGCAGUGAACGGUUCAAACUUCCAAUGCCCACGGAGAAAGACAACAAAGCAGGAGUAAAGAAAAUGGAGUCUGAGAUGCUUCCCUCUGCAAAAAUUGAAGGCCCUGCGGAUUCAGAGGUGAAAGCAGAGCGGCCAUCAAGGAAAAGAAGGUGGACAAGUAGCUGAAAGUCAUAAAAUGGAGUGGAAAUAAAAAAAGUUGAGGAACUGGCUCUAUUAGUUUGAUGCCCCAUGUAGCUGCUUAAACGUAUGUCAUGAGAUUCUCUCAUUCCACGGAAGCAGUUGUGACGGUAUCCAGAUGGAGGAUCAAAGUUCAAUGAAGAUUUGAUUAGGAGACUAGCAAGAAUGUGUUGGUAGGAGCUAUGUUGCGUAAGAAUAGGCCAUAAGGGUGACUCUGAGAGAAUACUCUUGUACUAGUUGAUUUUUCAAAGAUUAUUGGUCUUUUAGUUUUGUUCUCAUACUAAGUGCCUCGAGAGAGCAGGAAUAUCUUAAAAAUACUUAACGGCAUUGUGUUAUAUAUACUGUAUUAACUUUGUUACUCUGUUCUUGUAAACUACCUAUAAAGACUUGA